GGCCCGCGCCGCCGCAGCCGCCGCCGGGUCCCGGAGCCAGAGGCCGCCCGAGCCGGAGCGCGAUGGAGCGAGGGCCCCAGGCGGGGAGGCGCGGCCGAGCGCGCGGCCCGACGCCCCCUCAGUGAGCGCCCGACCGCCGCGGCGCAGCCCGAGGGCGGGAUCGCGUCUGCCCGCCUCGCCGCCGCGCCGGCGCUUGGAGCCCGCGCCGCCUUCCCGCUCGGGCCGCGGGCCGGGGACGGCCCGGGGCUGCAUGGCCUCGCCCGCGCGCCGCCGCUGAGCCCUGGGCCGGAGACGGAGCCGGAGCCGAAUACCCUCAGUGCUGCUCUGGGACACGCCUCUGUUGGAUUUAAUUUACAGUCAUCAACCUCGGCUUUUAGCGAUGGACUCGACGGUUGACGAUGAAGCGAUGGCGGCGUGAAUGAAGGCCUGGUGAGGAGGAAACGAUGCCCAAGGGUGGGUGUUCUAGAACCCCACAGCAGGAGGAGCGUUCCCUGAGCAGCGACAUGGUGGAGAAGCAGCCCGGGAAAAAGGAUAAAGAUAAAGUUUCUCUAACCAAGACCCCAAAGCUGGACCGCACUGAUGGUGGGAAGGAGGUGAGAGAGCGAACGACCAAGCGGAAGCUGCCCUUCACUGUGGGCGCCAAUGGAGAGCAGAAGGACUCGGACACAGAGAAGCAGGGUCCCGAGCGGAAGAGGAUCAAGAAGGAGCCUGUCGCCCGCAAGGCCGGGCUGCUGUUCGGCAUGGGGCUGUCCGGGAUCCGCGCCGGCUACCCGCUCUCGGAGCGCCAGCAGGUGGCUCUCCUCAUGCAGAUGACGGCCGAGGAGUCUGCCAACAGCCCAGUGGACACGACACCAAAGCACCCCUCCCAGUCGACAGUGUGUCAGAAGGGGACGCCCAAUUCUGCCUCAAAAACCAAAGAUAAAGUGAACAAGAGAAAUGAGCGUGGAGAGACCCGCCUACACCGGGCGGCCAUCCGGGGGGACGCCCGGCGUAUCAAGGAGCUCAUCAGCGAGGGGGCGGACGUCAACGUCAAGGACUUCGCAGGCUGGACUGCGCUGCACGAGGCCUGUAACCGGGGCUACUACGAUGUCGCGAAGCAGCUGCUGGCCGCCGGCGCAGAGGUGAACACCAAGGGCCUGGAUGAUGACACCCCCUUGCACGACGCCGCCAACAAUGGGCACUACAAGGUGGUGAAGCUGCUGCUCCGGUAUGGAGGGAACCCUCAGCAGAGCAACAGGAAGGGCGAGACGCCGCUCAAGGUGGCCAGCUCCCCAACCAUGGUGAACCUGCUGCUGGGCAAGGGCACCUACACGUCCAGCGAGGCGAGCUCGGCCGAGAGCUCCGAGGAGGAGGACGACGCCCCAUCGUUCGCACCUUCCAGCUCAGUCGACGGCAAUAACACGGACUCCGAGUUUGAGAAAGGUCUGAAGCACAAGACUAAGAAUCCGGAGCCCCAGAAAACUGUGACCCCCGUCAAGGAUGAGUAUGAGUUUGACGAGGACGACGAGCAGGACAGAACCCCUCCCGUGGACGACAAACACUUGCUGAAAAAGGAUUACAGGAAGGAAACUAAGUCAAAUAGUUUUAUUUCUAUACCCAAAAUGGAAGUGAAAAGUUACACUAAAAAUAGCACGAUUGCACCAAAGAAGGCGUCUCACCGCAUCUUGUCGGACACGUCAGACGAGGAGGACGUCGGUGUCGCCGUGGGGACCGGGGAGAAGCUGAGACUCUCGGCUCACACGAUGCUGCCUGGUAACAAGACACGGGAGCCUUCCAACUGCAAGCAGCAGAAGGAGAAAAAUAAAGUGAAAAAGAAGCGAAAGAAAGAAAUCAAGGGCAAAGAAGUGCGGUUUGGGAAGAGGAGCGACAAGUUCUGCUCCUCCGAGUCCGAGAGCGAGUCUUCGGAGAGCGGCGAGGACGGUGGGGGCUCGGCGGGGAGCCCCGGCUGCCUCAAGGAGUCCCCGCUGGUGCUGAAGGACCCUGCCCUGUUCAGCUCCCUGUCCGCCUCCUCCACCUCGUCCCACGGCAGCUCCGCCCCCCAGAAGCAUAACCCCAGCCACGCGGACCCGCACGCCAAGCACUGGCGGACAGACAACUGGAAAACCAUCUCCUCUCCAGCCUGGUCCGAGGUCAGCUCCUUAUCAGACUCCACGAGGACGAGACUGAGCAGCGAGUCUGAUGGCUCCUCCGAGGGCUCCAGCGUGGAGUCACUGAAGCCGGUCAGGAAGAGGCAGGAGCACAGGAAGAGGGCCGGCCUGCAGGGCGCGCUGCCCGAUAGGAAGAACUCCUUCCAUCCUGGCGGGGACGGCGCCAUCCCCAAGCUGGACAAGGAGGGCAAAGUCGUCAAGAAACACAAGACGAAACAUAAACACAAAAGCAAGGAGAAGGGGCUGUGCUCCGUCAGCCAGGAGCUGAAGCUGAAGAGCUUCACCUACGAGUACGAGGACUCCAAGCAGAGGGCAGACAAGGCGAUCCUCCUGGACGACGUGCCGGCUGAGGGCAAGCUGAAAGGCCUGAAGCACGAGAGAGACCCCUGUAAGAAGGAGGAGAAGCUCAGCAAAAUGAAGGCGGAGGAGAAGGAGUGGCUCUUCAAGGACGAGAUGAUCAAGGUCUCCAGAGAGGAGAAGUCGCUCAAGAGAAUCAGGGAGCUGAACAAGGACGGGGGCAGGGCCUUCCGGGAGGAGAAGGACCGGUGCAGCAAAGCCGACAAGGAGAAGCUGCUGAAGGAAAAGUCUCCAAAAGAGGAAAAGCUGAGGCUCUACAAGGAGGAAAGAAGGAAGAAGUCCAAAGACAGGCCCCCCAAGCUAGAGAAAAAGAAUGACUUUAAAGAGGACAAAACUUCAAAAGAGAGGGAGAAGACCUUCAAAGAGGAUAAAGAGAAAGAAAAACUCAAAAAAGUGUACAGGGAGGAGUCUGCUUUUGACGAAUAUUGUAACAAAAGUCAGUUUCUGGAGAACGAAGACACCAAGUUUAGUCUUUCUGAUGACCAGGAUCGGUGGUUCUCUGACUUGUCAGAUUCAUCCUUCGAUUUCAAAGGGGAAGACAGCUGGGACUCUGCAGUGACAGACUACAGGGACAUGAAGAGCGAGUCUGUGGCCAGGCUGAUCCUGGAGACGGUGAAAGAGGACAGUAGGGAGAAGAGGCGGGAGAACAAGGCCCGGGAGAAGCGCACGGACAGGGACAUCUUCUCUCGGAAGAAGGACAGGGACUGCCUGGAACGGGGCUCGGAGCGGAGGAGAGAGCACGCUGCCGACAGGCACAGGGCCGUGCCCGGCUACCUCUGCGAGAAGGACAGGAGGAGGCGGGAGUGUGCGGAAGGCGGCCGGGACAGGAAGGAGCCCCCCGAGGCCGCCAAGGAGCGGAGAGAUGGCCGUGCAAAGCCCGAGGAGGCGCACAGGGAGGACCUGAAGGAGUGCGGCUGCGAGGGAGUCUUCAAGGACAGGCCCGACUGCGACUUCGGGAAGAGCCUGGAGCCCUGGGAGAGGCACCACCCGGCGAGAGAGAAGGAGAGGAAGGAGAGGCUAAAGCUGGAGAAGCACAAAGAGAAGCCCAGUGACAAGGACAGAAAUGAAAGACUGAUGCUUGAGAAGUGCCAGAAGGACAAAGACCUUGAUAAGUGUUUCAAAGAGAAAAAGGACGCCAAGGAAAAGCACGGCAAAGACAAAGACAGAAAAGCAUCUCUCGACCAAGGUAAAGACAAACGGGAGAAGGCUUUCCCCGGAAUUCUCUCCGAGGACUUCUCUGAAAAAAAAGAUGAAAAGAAGGGUAAAGAGAAAAGCUGGUACAUUGCAGACAUAUUCACUGAUGAAAGCGAAGAUGAAAAAGAUGAUUAUGCGGCGAGCAGAUUCAAAGUCGGGGAGGCCGGCGAGGGGCGGGGGGAUGGCCCCCCCGAGAGGGAGGACGGGCGGGAGCCGCACCCCCCCGACAGGCACCGGAAGCACUCGGCCGACAGGCAGCAUGCGGAGAAGCAGAAAGACAAAGAAAUCAGAGAGAAGAAGAAGGAGAAGGGCGCCACAGACGGGGGGAAGGACAAGAAAGAAAAAACCUUGGAAAAGCACAAAGAGAAGAAGGACAGAGAGUCCACGGAAAAAUACAAGGACAGGAAGGACCGAGCGUCGGUGGACUCCACUCAGGACAAGAGGAACAAGCAGAGGCUCCCCUUGCUCCCCGAGAAGGGGGAGAAGAGGCCCCCUGCGGAGGACAAGGCCAAGAGCAGGCACCGGGAGAGGCCGGACCGGGAGCAGGGCCGCGAGAGAAAGGCGAGCAAGGGCACUGACGCGGAGAAGAGCCUGCUGGAGCGGCUGGAGGAGGCGGCGCUGCAGGACUUGCGCGAGGACUCCAACGACAAGGCCAGCGACGCGUCGUCGGACGGCUUCCCCGACCGCGGCCACGACCCGGGCCUCGGCGCCCUCCUGGAGGCGCCCUUCCCGGAGCCCCCGGAGGAGCGGGCGCGCGAGAGGGAGCGGCACCGGCACGCCUCGUCCUCCUCCAAGAAGAGCCAUGACCGAGAGCGGGUCAGGAAGGACAAGCCCGAGAAGAAGGAGAAGAGCGACGACUGCAAGGACACGGGCGGCCGGAAGGACAGCGGCCAGUACGAGAAGGAGGUCCUGGAGGCCGACACUUACGGCCUCUCCUACGGCAUCAAGGCCGAUGCAGAGGACGAGUUAGAGAAAACCAUCGAGUUGUUUUCUACCGAAAAGAAGGAGAAAAAUGAUCCUGAAAGAGAACCUCCCAAGAAGGUAGAGAAGGAACUGAGGCCUUACGGCUCUAGCACCGUGAGCCUCCUGAAGGAGAAGAGGCGGCGGGAGAAGCACCGGGAGCGGUGGCGGGACGAGAAGGAGCGGCACCGGGACCGGCACGGGGACGGGCCCCCGCGGCACCACCGGGAGGAGCUUAAGCCCGCGGCCAGGGACAAGGACAACCCUCCCGGCUCCUUCCGAGACAAGCCCAAGGACGAGGGCGGGAAGCUUGGCGAGGCCAAGCUGAAGGAGAAGGUCAAGGAGAAUCUGGAGAAGGACAAGGGCGACCCCGUAAAGCUGAGCAAUGGGAACGACAAGCUCCUCCCGGUUAGAGACCCCAGUAAGAAAGACAUCCGGCCGCGGGAGAAGCUCCUGGGCGACGGGGACCUGAUGAUGACGAGCUUCGAGCGGAUGCUCUCCCAGAAGGACCUGGAGAUCGAGGAGCGCCACAAACGGCACAAGGAGAGGAUGAAGCAGAUGGAGAAGCUGCGCCACCGGUCUGGUGACCCCAAGCUCAAGGACAAGGCCAGGCCCGCCGAGGACGGGCGGAAGAAGGGCCUGGACGGCCCGCCGAAGAAGCCGCUGGGGCUGGACCCUGCCCCGAAGGACAAGAAGCUCAAGGAGUCAGCCCCUGCCGCCCCUGCUGCCGAGAACAAGCCCCACCCGGGACCCGCGGUGGACCCCCGAGACUGGCUGGCAGGCCCCCACAUGAAAGAGGUCUUGCCCGCUUCCCCCAGGCCGGACCACGGCCGGCCCACCGGGGUCCCCACCCCCGCCUCGGUGGUGUCCUGCCCCAGCUACGAGGAGGCCAUGCACACGCCCCGGACCCCGUCCUGCAGCGCCGAUGACUACCCCGACCUCAUGUUCGACUGCACAGACCCCCAGCCCGUGUCCAGCACGUCCGCCAGCGCCUGCUCGCCCUCCUUCUUUGACAGGUUCUCCGUGGCCGCCAGCGGGACUUCAGAAACACCGGGCCAGACACCUACGAGGCCGCUGUGCGCGAACCUUUACCGCUCGGUGUCUGUGGACAUCAGGAGGACCCCUGAGGAAGAGUUCGGACUUGGGGACAAGCUGUUCAGACAGCAGAGCGUCCCUGCGGCGCCCAGCUACAGCUCGCCGGGGCAGCACCCGGAGGACAAGGCCCCGGGGCCCCCAGCACCCACUGAGAAGUUCGCCUGCCUGUCUCCGGGGUAUUACUCCCCGGACUAUGGCAUCCCCUCCCCCAAAGCGGACGCCUUGCACUGCCCGCCUGCGGCCGCAGCCAACAUCACCCCCUCCCCAGAGGGCGCCUUCUCCGGCUUACCAACAAAGUCCCCCCCUUCACACAGAGACGAGCUCUUGGCCCCGUCCAUGGAGGGGGCCCUUCCCCCUGACCUUGGCAUUCCCCUGGAUGCCACGGAGGACCAGCAGGCCACCGCGGCCAUCAUCCCCCCGGAGCCCAGCUUCCUGGAGCCCCUGGACGAGGGCCCUUUCAGCACCGUCAUCACAGAGGAGCCGGUCGAGUGGGCACACCCCGCCACCGUGGAGCAGGGCCUCCCCUCUGGCCUCAUCGGGGGCACCCCCGAAAACCCGGCCAGCUGGCCUGUGGGGUCGGACCUCCUGCUGAAGUCCCCACAGAGAUUCCCGGAGUCCCCGAAACAUUUCUGCCCUGCCGAGUCUCUCCACUCGGAGCCCCCUUACCCGGUGUCGCCCGUCUCAUACCCUCUGUCGGUCCCCGAGCCGGGACUGGAAGUCAAGGACGAGGCCGGGGAAGCAGUCCCGGCCGCGGUCUCUGCUUCACAAGAGCCAGCCGCGUUCGCCCCUCCCUCCAGGCUGGAGUCCUUCUUCAGUAACUGCAAGUCCCUUCCGGAAGCGCCCCCCGACGCACCCCCCGAGUCUGCGUGUGUGACGGCCGUGGCUCAGGUAGAGGCCCUGGGUCCCCUGGAGAAUAACUUCCUGGAAAGUGGUCACAACCUGUCUGCCCUUGGCCAGGUGGAGCCGGUGCCCUGGCCCGGUGCCUUCCCCGCCACCGAGGAUGACCUCGACCUGGGGCCUUUCUCGCUGCCGGAGCUUCCUCUCCAGACGAAGGAUGUUUCCGAUGCCGAAGCAGAGCCUGUGGAAGAGAGUCCUCUCGUUCCUCUGGACAACACCCCCGCGCUCCCGAGCGGCGGGGACGUCCCUGUGGGAGCUGCUGACGAACAGCGGGUGCUGCCUCCUGACCAGGUGGCCGCCCGGCUCACAGCCGAGCCUGCGCCCGAGCCCCCAGAGGAGCCGAAGCCAGUCGCGCUGCCCGAGGCCACAGUGGAGGCCGGGGCCGGGCCGGAGGGGAGGGCCCCCGAGGACUCCGACCCUGGCUCUGGGCCCACGCCAGCCCCCUCAGAGCAGCAUCCACCGGGGAGUGGGGACGAGCAGGCCGAGGGCCCAGACCCCUUGGCCACGCCCCACAGUGCUCCUGACGCCCCCGGGGACGGCUCGGCCCAGGCCCGCGCAGCGGAUGGGGCCGGCCCCCAGGACAGUGCCGGGCUCGAGGGGCCUCCGGACGGCGUCCAGGCUGAAGCCCCCGAACCGGAACCCAAACCGACAGCCGAAGCCCCAAAGGCGCCCAAGGUGGAGGAGAUCCCCCAGCGCAUGACCAGGACCCGGGCCCAGAUGCUGGCCAACCAGCAGAAGCAGAGCUCGCCGCCCACCGAGAAGGAGGCUGCGGCCGCGCCCACCCCCAGGGCCAAGGGCCGCGGCUCUGAGGACGACGACCCCCAGGCCCAGCACCCGCGCAAGCGCCGCUUCCAGCGCUCCAGCCAGCAGCUGGCCCAGCAGAUGCACACGUCCACGCGUCAGACGCGGGAGGUGAUCCAGCAGACGCUGGCUGCCAUCGUGGACGCCAUCAAGCUGGACGACAUCGAGCCUUACCACAGCGACAGGUCCAACCCGUACUUCGAGUACCUGCAGAUCAGGAAGAAGAUUGAGGAGAAGCGCAAGAUCCUCUGCUACAUCAGCCCGCAGGCGCCCCAGUGCUACGCCGAGUACGUCACCUACACCGGCUCCUACCUCUUGGACGGCAAGCCCCUCAGCAAGCUGCACAUCCCCGUGAUCGCGCCCCCUCCCUCCCUGGCGGAGCCCCUGAAGGAGCUGUUCAAGCAGCAGGAGGCCGUGCGUGGGAAGCUGCGCCUGCAGCACAGCAUCGAGCGGGAGAAGCUGAUCGUCUCCUGCGAACAGGAGAUCCUGCGGGUUCACUGCCGGGCGGCGAGGACCAUCGCGAACCAGGCGGUGCCGUUCAGCGCCUGCACCAUGCUGCUGGACUCGGAGGUGUACAACAUGCCGCUCGAGAGCCAGGGUGAUGAGAACAAGUCAGUGCGGGACCGGUUCAACGCCCGCCAGUUCAUCUCCUGGCUGCAGGACGUGGACGACAAGUAUGACCGCAUGAAGGUGUGCGGGGAGCAGCUCCUGUCACCAGCUGGCGGUCAGACCUCUGUGGGACCCCACCUUGAGCCCUCCUCAAAGGUCACAGCAUCCACCCAUCACCCCUGCCCCUGGCUGUGCUGACCAGUGCAGUGGGCAGAGGAUGGGGGGGAGAUAGAGAGAGAUUAGCAAGUAAGAAGCAAGUCCUUGUCUGCAGGUGCGAGGGUUGCACCCGGGGUCCCCCGUGAACACUGACCGGCAGUGACGUGCCCGUUACAGAAUUAACACCUAGAAGCCGGCACCACCGGGAAGCCCCAGGAGGCAGGGCCUGCUGCGUGGAGCUGAUGGAGGCGUGACCCAGGCUCCCACGCUGGGCUGCCAGCCUCACCCCUUGCCUCAGUGACCCUGCCUCCGGCACUGCGGCAGCGCACCCAGAGGGGCGGCCAGGAGGCCAGAGGCCAGAGCAGAGAGGAACCAGCCUACAGGGCGUUCAGGCCCAGCUGAGGCCGGGUCCAGGCCGUGUUUCUAACAAGCUGCAAAGGUGACCGUUCGGGGGUCCCACGGUCACUCCUCCCACCACCAGCCAGCCUGAAGGGAGCUGCACGGGAAACUUACAAGAGAGAAAAAAUUUCUGACCGAAGUAAAGUUAGAUUUGGUACAUUACAAAGAAAGACAACGUUAAGUCUCAUUUCCUUAAUGUGCCAAGAACUUACAAACCAAUAAGAAAAAUAGAUGGAUAGAAAAAGGAAUUGGUGAAGUACGGAGAGUGCAGGGGCACGAAACGGCCACCCGCGUGGCCACUGGUCUCAGAGCACAGGGUGGACGAGGUCCUAUUCAGGAGACAGGCUGCCCACCCUCAGUUCCUGCAGCCCUGGGACAACUCUCCGGACAUGCUGGUCAUGUUUCAGGGGUUUAGCCCAACAAACAAUUUCAUUUUAGUAACUGAAAACUCAGGGGUACGUACAAUUCUAGUCAGUCAAGAACGCUCUAAAUUAGAUGAAAGCAGCUGGACUCCUGAGGGUGUCUGAGCUGCCACGCCUUUGUUCAAGCCUCCCUGAGGAUGACAAGCGGCCCAGGCGUGCCGAGGAGGACACGGCUGGCCGCUGGGGCCUGUGGGGCUUGUUUCCAGAACACUUUUUUUAACUGAACUAUUUUAAGCAAAUCAGAAAUUGUGAUACCUGGCCCUACAUGCUUGUGUGCACGUCGAAGAAAAUAAGAUGAUCUUCCUGCACACUGUCACGCCGUUAACUCUGUCCACAUGAAGGCUGGUCUUUUCGCCCGCUGUGCUCUGUGUCACCUGCCUUGUACCCCAAACGCCGCCCCCCCCCCCACGUGCUGUUGGUAACCCAGGUACCGUCAUUAUUUCAGUUUCAACAUUCUCCCUUCUCAACAUGAGUACAGAGUGCGCCUCUAGUAGUAUAACUGUUUACCUUACUUAGUACCCACUUAAGAGUAAACACGUGAACAUUAAUUUUUAAAAACUAAGUGCAUUUCUAAAAGGCAUAAUUUCCACUGUGAGUGCAAAUGAAGCCAAUGUCACCAACCAUAAAUAAGAUAAAUGGAAAAUGAAAACGGAAGAGCAAAGCUAUUAUGAGUUCUGACUAGAGGCUGUGCUGAAACCCCCAGGGUGGGGGCACAGAGCAGGGAUGAUGGACAGACCCCCGUGUGGUCAGCAAGGCCACUCACCGCACAGGACGA